CAUUGGUGACCCCGACGUGAGCAAUGGAUUCAGAUGGAAUUAAACAGCUGGCAGAUGCUAUCAGACAACAAACCCUGGACAUAUAUCAAGGUUCUACAGUGCAAACAAUAUCAGCUGUUUCAUUUAAAGCACCACCAUUUUGGAACACAAACGCAUCUGCUUGGUUUUUACGUCUGGAAUCAUCCUUUGCAACACACCAGCCAGCCAUUACAAAUGACUUGACUAAAUUUCAUCAUGUAGUGCAACUCCUGGACUCAUCAACCUCCAGACGUGUUCAGUCAGUAAUUGAGAGACCACCUCAGACAGGAAAGUAUGAAGCACUAAAGCAUGCACUGUUAGAAGCCUAUGAAGCCACACAAUACCAAAAGGAUACAGCAUUACUUAAUAUAAAUGGUCUAGGAGACAAACGACCUACGGAACUAUUGAUGCAUAUGCGCUCUUUAAAUGCAGAUCCAAGCACACUUUUUCGCACAUUAUUCAUCAAGCAGAUGCCAACAGAAGUGAGACGGAUUCUUGCACAAUCACCAGAAGUUGAUCUCGACACCUUAGCUAAAAUGGCUGAUCGGAUUUUAGAAGUAGACCCUCUCACCCCUUCUUCAAUUUCUGUGACUACCACAGUGCCUGAAGAAAAUCUUACAACAAUAACUGAUACAGAAAUAAACGCCAUGAAAUCUCAGCACCAAGGAACUGGCACUAUCAAGUUCAAAUUAUGUAAAUAUCAUUCAUGGUUUGGACAUAAAGCCAGGAAAUGUGAACAAAUCAUCGAUGGUUGUCCUUGUCCAAUGUCUACACGAAGACAACAGGGAAACGACAAAGCCAGCAGAAAUUAGUGAGCACUGCUGGUCU